UCCUGGCUAAUAUAUUGGUGAACAUACCCACGUGUGUUUCUCCACAAUCGACUGUACUACGGAACAUGGCGCGAAGAUUUGCACGACGCUGUAGCCCUGGGAAGGGGGAAGGAUUGUUCGCUGUUAAUAUGCUCAGAGCCGGAGAAUUGGUCUUUUCAGCGGAACCUUUUGCUUGCUGCGUUUCAAAGAAGCAACUGAAAGCUGCAUGUGAAAACUGCCUUUCAAGGAAGGACAGUCUGCUGCGAUGCUCUCAGUGCAAGAUUGCUCGUUUCUGCAACAGGGAUUGCCAGAGGCAAGCGUGGCCAGAGCACAAAAGGGAGUGCAAGUCCCUCCAGAGGCUCCAUCCCAUUACUCCCACCGACUCUGUCCGACUAGUGGCCAAAAUCAUCUUCAGAUUGCUGAACGAGGACCAAAGCCCUGGACAAGAGCUUUACCGCUUGGAGGAGCAUGAGUCACACAUGGAGGACAUGAGUGAGGAGCAGAGGGUUGGCUUGGAGCACCUGAGCUCCGCACUGAAGCUCUACCUGAAAGACGAGGCAGUCGACCUGUCCUGCCUCCCGUCUGGACUGACCCCCGUCAGCCUCCUGGCCAGGAUGACCUGCAACUGCUUCACCAUCAGUGACGGGGAGCUGAAGGAAGUUGGAGUGGGCCUUUAUCCCAACAUGUCACUGCUGAACCAUGACUGCAGGCCCAACUGUGUGAUGUUGUUUGAGGGAAGGAUUCUGCACCUCCGGGCCAUCAGGGAUAUCCAGCCAAAUGAGGAGCUCACAAUCAGCUACAUCGACACACUGAUGCCCAGCUCGGAGCGGAGGAAACGGCUGCAGGAACAGUACCACUUCCUGUGCCAGUGUCAGCAGUGUGCCACAGCAGACAGGGAUUCUGACAUGCUGUGUGGAGCAGAGGAAGUCUGGAGGUCCUGUCGAGACAGCAUUCCCCAUGUUGAGGAGCUCCAGGCUGAAGCGGACUUUGAAAAGGUCCUGAAGGAGUGCCAGGAUCUGGCAGGCAGGUGUAGAGAUAGAGUCUCCGACCGAAAUGUCUACCUGCUGAGGGUGCUGGAUAUGGCCCUGGACGCCUGUGUUAACCUGGGCCAGUGGGAGAGGGCCUUGGAGUAUUCCGCCAGAACCCUGGAGCCAUACAGGUUGUACUACCCGGAUCCUCACCCAGCUCGGGCAGUCCAGCUUGCGAGGGUGGGCAAACUGCAGCAUUACCUGGGCAGACUGGCAGAGGCCCGUGACACCUUUAAACAGGCCUAUGAUGUCAUAAAGGUGACCCACGGGAAUGAGCAUGCCCUGACCAAUGAGGUGAAGGAGUGGCUGGUGGAAUGCCAGGCCGAGAUGGACAGGUCAUGACUGGACCAAAGAGGCAGAAUGCACCAUUUUAUCCUAUGAAGUACCUCUACAGAGUGCAAAUAAAAAAACACC